AGUGAAGUCAGGAUUGGCUAAUGAAUGUUGUUAGGUGUGGUAAUUGUCUAUUUAGGUUUUCCUUCUUGCUAUUUUAAUCAAGCAUUCAUGCUUUGUUAGCAACUAACUAGCCAGUAGUGGAAAAUACAUUCUUCAUCAAAAGAAUCAACAUUAUACUAAUAAAAAUAAAUAAAUUCCAAAUAUCCUUGCUGAUGUUCUUAAAUAAGGUGUAUGGUAUCAAUGGUGGACAGGUAAUUGGGACAUCAGAUCACGAUCCAAUUUUUUGUUACUUUUUUCCAAAACAAUACUGCUCCAACCUUAUCUAGUCUUUCAGGCUACUCCCAUUUAGCAGCCAUAAAAAAAAAGCAAAAAAAAAAAAAAAAAAAAAAAAAUCAUGUUGGAAACCUUAUUCGUCUCUGCAAUUCCCUUUCUCUUCUUCACAAUCUUCCUCAUCAAAUGGUACUUUUUCACCACUCAACCAACUCACAAAAACCCACCUCCUUCACCACCAGCAUUUCCAAUACUUGGGAACCUUCAUCAACUAUCUGGUUCAUACCCUCAUCGUAAGCUUCAAAAGCUAGCUCACCAAUAUGGUCCUCUAAUGCUGCUUCACUUUGGUAGCAGACCAGUACUCAUAGUCUCAUCAUCGGACAGUGCCCGUGAGAUCAUGAAAACACAUGACACCAACUUCUUGAACAGACCAAAAUCGUAUAUAGAUGUAAGACUUCGUUACCAUGGUAAGGAUGUGACUACAGCUCGUUAUGGUGAAUCUUGGAGGCAAAUGAAAAGCCUAUGCACUCUCCAACUUCUAAGUAACAAAAGGGUUCGGUCGUUUCGAACAAUUAGAGAAGAAGAAGUUGCCUUGUUUGUGGAGAGUAUUAUCAAACGGCAGUCUUUGGCAGUGAAUUUGAGUGAAAUGUUUGCUUUUCUCUCUAAUGAUGUGAUUUGUAGAGUAGCUUUCGGGAAAAAAUAUAGUAGAGAUGAAACUGGGAACAUGGUGAACAAGGUUUUGAGCCAGUUGAAGAAGUUAUUGGGUGGCUUCUAUGUGGGAGAUUAUAUUCCUUGGCUUGCUUGGAUUCAUUGUCUUAGUGGGGUUGAUGCACAGGUUGAGAAACUUAAUGACGAGUUUAAUAAAUUUUUAGAUGGUGUUGUUGAAGAGCAUGGGAAUAAUUUUAAUAUCAAAGAGAAGAAAUUAUAUGAAGAUGGUGAUCAAGAUAACAAAGAUUUUGUGGAUGUUCUUCUUGAACUUCAAAGGGAUGAAAUGGCUGGAUUCAACCUUGAUAAAGAACACAUGAAAGGUCUCAUUUUUAAUAUGUUUGUUGAUGGAAGUGGUACUAGUGCCACAGUCUUAGAGUGGGCAAUGGCAGAGCUUUUAAGGCAUCCAAGAGUCAUGAAGAAAUUGCAAGAAGAAGUCAUGGAAAUCAGCAAUGGGAAACCAGACAUAACUGAGAAUGAUUUGGAUAAAAUGCAUUACUUAAAAGCAGUAAUCAAAGAGACAGUAAGAUUAUAUCCUCCAGUUCCAUUGCUAAUCCCUCGAGAAUCAGCUCAAGAUAUUAAUAUAAAAGGAUAUGACAUAGCAGCAGGGACAAUGGUUAUUACCAAUGCUUGGGCACUUGGAAGAGACCCAAAUUUGUGGGAAAAACCAGAGGAGUUUGUACCAGAGAGGUUUUUGGAUUCUUCCAUAGAUUUCAAAGGCCAAGAUUUCCAAUUAAUUCCAUUUGGAUCUGGAAGGAGAGGUUGUCCUGGAAUUUUGUUUGCUAUGGUAGCUAAUGAGCUUUUGUUAGCAAAUCUUGUGCACAAGUUUGAUUGGUCACUGCCUGAUGGGGCAAAACCUCAGGAUUUGGACAUGACCGAGUGCGCUGGCUCUACCAUUCACAGAAAAGUUCCUCUUCUUGCUGUUGCAACUCCAAGAUGUUGAAGGAUGAACCAUUUGCUAAAAGCUGUUUAAUGUGUGCUUAUGAUGUUGUCAAUAAAUUAUGAUAAUUUGGUGGAUCUAUGUGUAGCACUGCUGUGUUUAUGAUUUUAUAUGUAUUGAGAGUUAGUUUUUGUUUUUUGUUUGAAAUGGUGGAAGAAUAUGAGUGAUGCUGGUUAAAUUAUUGAAAUAAAAAGCGUUUUUGUGUGGGAA